CCAUUGGACGCGGCAGGCCCGGGUCUGGCCAAUGUCAGGGCUGCCGGGAGGCGGUUUUGACCAAUGAGGGCCGAGAGGCGGAGCGAAGCCUACGGCCGGGUGGAACCGGAGCUCCUCUACUUGAUGCCUGAUCAAGGAAGUGGCGUUUUUAACGCGGUCUGUUUUCACCAUUAACAAGCAUUUAGGUGUUAACUUUUUACGUAGCGAAGAUCAAAGCCUCCAGUUCGCUUUUUGCCGCACUCCCCACCCCCAGCAACUACCCACGCAGUGGCUGGCAGUCGCCCGGAUGUAAGAUGGGGUGGAGUCCAAAGAGACCGACCACUCGGCGCAUGCUCAGAAAAGCCGCGACCCCCCCCUCUCUCCCCCAACACGUGGUAAGGUCCGGAUGCCUAAGAACUGGCUUUGCGCCGACGUCCUCGCGCUUCCCCGCUCGCCACGUGACCAGGGCGUAACUGUGGUAACGCGGCUGGGCGCGUAGUGCGCAGGCGCUCUCUUCCCUCCCCUGCACGUGAUGAGGCAUCAAGGGCCAUCACGUGAGGUAGGCGGAGAGCGGGCAGGGUGGGGUUCGGCGGCGCCCGGCGAGGAUCAAAGUGCGGCUGCAGACUGGGCAGGACUCAACGGGGUGGAACAGCCAUGCCCAAGUACUGCCGGGCUCCGAACUGCUCCAACACUGCGGGCCGACUGGGCGCUGACAACCGCCCCGUGAGCUUCUACAAUAAUAAUGAAGCAUCUCGCUUAGCACCUGGAAGAGUUGUCGCUUUGACACAGGGAAGCAACCUCAGUUGCUCUGCCCAGGUGCAGAGCUUCAGGUUCCCACUGAAGGAUGGCCCCCGGCUGCAGGCCUGGCUGAGGCACAUGGGCCAUGAGGACUGGGUGCCCAGCUGCCACCACCAUCUGUGCAGUGAGCACUUCACACCUUCCUGCUUCCAGUGGCGCUGGGGUGUGCGCUACCUGCGGCCUGAUGCAGUGCCAUCCAUUUUCUCCCCAGCACCACCUGCUAAGAGGCAGCAGAGUUCCCGAAGCACUGAGAAGCCAGUCGAGUCUCCCUCUUCACCAGAGGCCAUGCCCCUGUCUCCGGAUCCAACUGUCUCAGCCUCUGGCCCUAUGCAUCUUGCGGUACUGGGGUCAGCAUCUGGAGGCCCUGAAGCCACGGCCACCAUGUUCCUGACCUCCCUGCCCCCUCCUCCUGCUCCUGCCAGGCCACAGCCUGGAGUCCAGGCCCAGAACUCCCUGGCUGGGCUGGGCAGUGUCCUGGGAGCACUGCAGAAGCGGGUGUGGAGGCUGCAGCGGCACCAUGAGCAGCAUCAGGUGCAGCUGCAGGCCCUAGAACAGCUGGUACAGCAGCUGUGCAAGGAGGGCCUGCCAGCUAGGCGCUCCAGGGCCUGCUAUGCCUGGUGAGUGUGGCCACCUGGCCCCCAGAGCACAUGUAUUUUCAUUUUCAGUGCUAGGGUCCAGUAUUUAAAAGUCAGAACAUUUCACUCAUGUUUCCAAACUUCUGAGUUUUCUUGGGGGAAAAAAAGUCAAUCUGUCAACGCCUACCAACUAUUGGUCAGAGCAUGGUAAUGGCUGCCCUUACUCUGUGCCAGACAGAGUUAAUAACUUAAAACUCAUAUGACCUUGAUGUGGCUGUGGUCCCCAUUUUUCAGAUGAAAAAACAGGCACCAGGAUGCUACAGUGACUUGCCCAAAGUCAGGCAGCCAGUCAACAUUCAAACCAGGUGUCUGACUCCGCAGGAGGCCAGUGCUCUCCUUUUGGAGAGCUCCUUGCCUGAAUCCUAAUAGAGCUUGAGUUUGCAGCCUACCUCACAGAGUCUCCCCAGCCCCAUCUAAAGGCCCUUUUGCCCCUAUGUUUUACUACCAAGUAUUGGAGGAGGGUAUCAUGUCUUGAAAAAUCAAUUUGAUCAGGCCGUUUCCCUGCUUAAGACCCCAGGACCAAGUUUGGGGUCCCAUAGCUCUCAGCCCCAGCUGGACAAGGAAGUGGGAAGGGGUUUCAGAAAGGAGCCUCUCUGAAGUAGCCCUGUAGCUAAGGUUUCUCAGUCUGACAACCAGUGGGUUGCACAUGGCUCAGAGAUCUGAUUUUUUCUGGCCUCAACAGUGUUUUAUAGUCAUUUUUGGUCUUUCCUGGAAGCUCAGCAGAUCUAGCAGCACUGGGUCCAUAUUCACAGUUCGUGGCAGGUAGCUGGGAUGGCAGUGUGGCUACCCCUGGAGGCUCUAUGUUUGAGACUAGGGCCUGACUAUGCUGGGGCUCAGGGAAGUGUACAGAAGAGCAGGACAGGCCUAGGACUCUUCCUGAAGCCCACCAGGGCCCCUGGGCUGACAGUGUCUCUCCCUGCCUCUCCUGACCCAUUCAAUCACCAUCUCUCAAUGUCCUUCUUUCUUCCCAUCUCCACCUCUAUAUUUCUGCUACCCUGUCUCUCUGCCCCCCCCAUCUGUCUCCCCAUUUCCUCACGUCUCUCUUCACUUGCAUCUUUCUGUGUCCCUCAUAUCACUGGCCCUCUGUAUUCCCCUGUUUGGCCUGUCCCCAUAUCUGUCUUUCCAUGUCCCCCACAUUUUCCUCUGUUUCCCUGUACCUCUUUACUCCCCCAUGAAUGUCUUUCUGGCUCCACAUCUCUUCCUGUCUCCCCACAAAUCUCUCUGUGUCUCUUGAUGUCCCCCUUCCACCUCGGCCUUCCUGUUCCUCACCAUUUCUCCCCCUCAUCCUUCCUUCCCUCUCUCCUUCUCUUCCCUCUUUCCCUUAUGUGUUCCAUCUCUGUCACUUUGGGACUGCCCAGCUUCCUGGAUGUGAGGAAUCCCAUCAUCUGUGGAGGGCCUGACAUAGCUGUGGUCAUUGCCCAGAGGCCUACACCUCCCACACUGGAUGCCAAGCCUGAGCUCCUGGACACUGAGACCCCCAGUGCUAAGGACCAGGAUAGAUAAUGUCGUGGGACAGAUGAUAGAAAACAGAAGAAGAAAAAAAAGAAAACAGAGGAAGAGAUACUCAUCAAACAUGGGCCUGCCUUGUCCCACUACCCGUGCCUGGGCCAUUGCGGCUCCUCCUUCUACGGACCCUUUGAACCUUGGGGUUGACCUGGGCCCAAGCCACAUCAGUGCUUAUUUCCCUUGAUGCCAGGUCCCUGCUACUCCUCACUUGAACUUUUGUAGUCAGUAAAGCAGUUUCAGAGCAGAACAAGGAUUGUUUAUUUGGGGGAAAAUUGUACCUGGUACCUCAUACCAUUGGCCAAGUCUGGUGCCAAGCUGGGAAUAAUACAGCAGUGAACACAGCUGACAAAAUCCUGCCCUCAUGGUGCUCCUAUUCUGCUUAAGUGGAAGAUAAACUAGUAAACUAAUAAACAAGAUAAUGUCAGAUUGUGA